CGCAAAGACAAAUGGCUCGAGCAUGUUCAAGACGCUGAGCACCAGCUGGACAACUUUUGCCCCGUGCAGCACUGCGAGAAGGAAUCUAGAAAUCGCUGUGAAUUUCUAUCUCCUAAAGAGGCCAUCAAACACAUGUUCAAUGAGCAUGGAGGAACGCCUCUAGACGUGCGUGACUUCAGUUGCGCAAUCGGAGGCUGCGAAGCUGGGGAUCCUCCUUAUUUAACCAAGGACCAGCUGAAGAAGCACCUCAUUACAGACCAUAGCUUCGCUGAAGUCAUGCUACAGGUCGUUCUGGACGCGGCGGAGGCUACCGAACUUCAUCGGGUUCAGAGACAACUUAUCCCCACGGGAAUCAAGUUUGAUUCUUGCAGACUUUGUCUUCCUCCACCUCCCCCUAAGCGUGUUUCCGACACCUUCACCCCUCUCUUCCAUCGCAAUAAAAGAACACGUUUUGAUACAAUCGUCUAUUGCGUAAGCCAUCCCUGCAAUCGAAUUUUAACCUACGCUAAUUCGCAGUGCCAAUGCCAUAUGCACCACAACCCUAGGAUAGACCUUAGAUGUACUGGUUGCCCGGAGAGGCCUCAUGAAUUUUGCUCAGGUUGCCUCACCCUAAGAAUCCCUGGUAGCGGUUCCCAAGAUAGCGAACCAGAAACCUCGGGCAAAAGCCCCCCCAGGCGCAAUGGCGCGGCCCCCUAGCAUGUCAUGAAAGGGAAAAGGAAAUUGAGCGAUCUCCAUCACAUGUCUGCUCGGAAACGAUCUCGAGAACAACGUGUUGAUAGGGAUGAGGUUGUCUACUGUGUAAGCCAUCUCUUCCAUUGAACUUG